AUGCCUGCAGCCACUAUGGAGGAGAAAUCUAAAAGAAGGAGCUCGGCCGCUGGUCAGCCUGCUUCUUCGCACUCUCGAAGCCCCGCUCAUCAUCUUAACACUGCGCCAAAACGCGGUGUUUCUUCUAAAGGUCACUCUAGCUUAUCAGAACGUCCUCAACACCCAUCACUUUCCCGCGUCAGGGGCCGAACGAAUAUGUUUACUCCGCCUCGAAUGAGUCCAGAGGCCUCGUGGCUGGGAGACCAGUCCCCUAUCCACAAGGGCACAAGGACGACAAACCGUCUAUCUGAAACCCCAGAACCGGCUACUCCUACAUUAGUAAACCCUGCGUCGGCUCUCUUGCAGGGUUUACUGAAAGAAGAACGAGCACACCGAAGCUCCCGGGGAACAAUAUCAGAGGAUUACAAAGAAAAUGCCCCCCCAACCCCCGAGAACACUCGAGCCCAGGAGGAUGUUGCGUCUGAAAAAGCACGCAAAGUGAGUGACGUCUUCUCUGCUGGUCAGAGAAAACCAAAAGAGAUGGGCAUGCGGGAAAUGGACCAAAUGAACAAGCUCAAUUUCGAUUUGAAGCUCGAGGUCUUCCACCGUACGCAACAAAUAGCUGUUUAUGAAAAGAAGCUGGAACGGAUGGCGGAGAUGGAAGAACAACUAGCGCACAUGGAUGAUUUGGUAGCGGAAGUGGAGGAGCUUCGAACCACCGAGAAAGACAACCAGAUCCUACGUGAAUCUAACGAGCAACUCCGCAUCGACCUUGACAAGCGAGACCUUGCCGUUACUGAGGCCGUCGAGCUUAUCUGUCAGUUGGAAUCAAAACUUGACAUGCUGGAGAACGGCGGCCGGGCCUCCAGGCUAUCCAUGUCACGCCCGAUGACCGCCGAUGGCUCCGCGGCCUUUGCACCGAAAUCACGGGCCACGAUUGAGAUCCCGGAGAGAACAUCUUCCAAGCGCAAUUCAAGUGUCUUGAGCGUGGCUCAGCGUCAGACAUCUUCUGAGCUACGCAAACUCUCGAAAGCACCCUCCUUCCUACGAGCGGAUAACAAAAGUACUGCCACUCUGCGAAGCCUUUAUACCCCCGGAGAAGAAACGCAGUCACGCUCUGCAAGGACUGAACUUUCAAAAUCAGAGAGCUUCCACACAACCACCGAGAUCAUGGAGCCUGAGUCACCCAGACUGAGCGUCCUGAGUGAAUGCAGUGAGCUGAAUCCAUUUGACACGCCUACGAGGUGGCAAGAUUUUGAUCAGCUCGAGAUCCCUCUUCGGAGAUCGUCCUCGGCCGCAGGCAGCGUGGAUAGCUAUGUCCCCCCCAGUGGGCGGGAAGAAAGCAAAGAAGACAAGGUUGAUCGGUGGAUGCAGACUCGCGAAGACGCAAACCAGACUAUAAUCACGAGACGCAGGAACCGAGCAUCAUCUGAUGCUACCAAGGCCAGCAUCCCCAGUUUUACAGCAGACUUGUACGCUCCCCAACCGCGUGGACGUGGACGACUGGAUGCAUCACUUUUCGACGGCAUCAGGCUUCCUCCCACUCCUGACACCAUGAGCACGGCAUAUGCUACCGGUGCAAACCGAUCAAACCAGUCAAAUGGGUCAAAUGGGAGCAUUACAGCCCGAAAGAGCCCACCGCCUGAGCAGGAUCAGUUCUUCACUGGUAGGCGAGCUAAUCGCCCACGUUCUGCGGAAGAGAUGGCUAGUCACUACAGCUUCAAUGACAGUGAGCUUUUCAACAGCAUGCAAACCAAUUGUAGUGAUACUCCAUGCCUGGGAGUCACAGCUGAUGAGUCGCGCACUAUCUUGCCCUCUUUCAACACUGUUUCCUCCAAAGCCAGCGAACUCCUCGGGCCUGGAAGCCCCAAUAACCCUGCCAUUGAGACCUUUGGAGAUCUGUACCACGCAAAUGCCAACGAAGCAUCAACUCCAACAAUCAAACGUGUCCGUAGCCCAAACAAGGCUAUGACCCCGUCGGCGCGCACCAGUGACUGUGACUCUUUACCACCGCUCACACCUCAAGACUGGGUUGCCGCCGCAAAGCAGAGCCCACGGUCUCGCAAGCCAAAGACGUGUGAGACCCACCACGAAAUUCAACAGACAGAGCUAUCACCCCCCAAUGUCGCCAGUCCAGCUACCUUCGAUGACGACAGCAGCGUCGCUUCGGAGCCAAGCGAGCCUGAGGUCCCUGGUAUCCCCACCCUUGACAUGACCACUCUGGAUAUCCUGGAGCAACCUCUCGACCUUGCCCAGUCAGAGCCCAAAUCCGAAGCCAACCCCGAGACCCGUCGACGCCUCAGCUUCAUCCCCCCAUUCUUCAACCGCUCAGCCAACAACACUCGUCGUUUACAAGGCUCGCCAAUUCCAAAUGACUUCGAAGAUGACGAUGAAGACGGUGCCCCAUCCCCAGUAAUCCCAAAAACCAGAACAAUGGGCGGCGCCUCUCGAAGACCCAUGUCCCAAAUAAUCACCGGCCCAACCGACUUAUACUUCUCCAAUCCCACAAUCCACAAUGAGGAACCGCUCUCUGGCUUCAGACCGCGAGGACUCCCGCAAUCCUUGACAAUGUCAAGACUUGCCGACCACGCCGGCUCCGCAACAGUCUCAGGACGCCCCUCCACAUCCCAUGGCGUAGAGCACAAACGGCGCAGCUCACUGGGUAUCUUCAGCUGGAUCAAGGGUAAACGCUCUGAUUCUGUGGUUGUCUCAGGGACGGAGAAGUUCAUUGAACCUGCACCGAAGGAGAACCGCGUUUCCUCGCGUCUAGCCUAUGAAACUACUCAUGGGCUGGGAAUCCCCCGUGCUGAAACGCCGGACUCCAUGGAGGCUCAUGUCAGACCCCACUCUGAGAUGGCUGUUCAGUCUGAUGAUCAUUCGAAACGGCCUCGGUAUAUGGGCCGUCGUGCUCGCAGAGCCUGA